AUGUAUUUCAACUUUCAUUUGAAUUGAAAAAAAAAAAUAAAUAAAUAAAAAUGAUUCGAGUUCUAUAUAUUUGUUUAUCUUUAUUGAUUUUUGGAUCAGUCACAAACGCACGUUUUUCGAGUUGUAGUACAGAUGGAAUUGGAGAAUUGGGCGAAAUUUCAGUGGAAGGUUGUAAUAAGACGCAAUAUCAAUGUGAAAUGAAAAUAGGACAAACUUUCAACGUCAGCAUAACUUUUACAACAAAGGAAUCGAUCAAAAUUGCAUGUGCAAAAAUUGAAGGACAGGCAUGGGGAAAAAUAAUUCCUAUGAAAAAAGAAAAAAUUUGUGAAAAUGAAAAUUCUGGAGUCAAAUGUCCAUUAGAUCAAGGUCUUCAAUUUACAUAUCAAGGUUCCGCAAUGGUACCAGACGACAAGUUUUUAGAAAUGACUGAAGAAAUUGAUGUUUAUUGGCGAUUGAUGAGAAAUGAUGAAGAAAGUAAAGAAAAGCGUCGCGAUGCAGAAACACCACCAACAACUGAAAUUGUGUGUGUUAAAAUUCCAAUAGAAAUUAUAUUUAAGAAAAAAGACCAAUCAGACGAAUCAGACGAAUCGGACGAAUCAGACGAAUCAGACGAAUCAGACGAAGCAGACGAAGCAGAUGAAGCAGACGAAGCAGACAAAGGAAACGAAGCAGGCAUAGAAUAAAUUAAAACUAAAAAAAAGUUUUUUAGUACAAUAUAAAUAUAUUAAAAAGUUUAUAUAUAUAUUAAACAUAAUAUAUCUUCUACAAAAUUAAAUAUAAUUAAUCAAUUGAAAAAUGUAUUUUACUUUGUAAAAUAAUCAUUAUUUUCAGCAGUCUAUUUGUAAAAAAAAUAAAAAUAAAUUGUUGAAAAAAAA